GACAGUUAAGUUGCGCUUUUGGAUGAAUUAAAAUGUGAAAUGUGUUGAACCGCGCUGUUAAAUUGUGAAAUUAACUCUUAAUGAAGGUUAAUCUAUUAUAAUCGGACAAGUUUUUUUAGUCUGGUUUAUCCCGACGGCCACAAGAAUCAACAAACGGACGAUAGAGUUUACACAAAGAAACAGUGAAAAUCGUCCAAGUGUAAUGGACCUUAAUUCAAGAUCAUUCCCUGUCAGGUCAAUCCAACGGGAAAUGCUUUUAAUUCGAGUGCUCAAAUGUUUGGUCCUCUAAAAUGGUAUAAAUAGUGAUUCUUGGAUCAUAGUUGAUCAUUAGUUGAGUUGUCAACAAAUCAGAGUGUACAACAACAGCAAAGUUGCAGCAAAUCUUUUGUGCCUAAUCCACGGAUUAAUUUACUGUGUUUGUUAACAUUACAUUUAACAUUCAUUUUUAUAAUUAUUCUUAGUGUUUAAAAUCAGCAAAAAUGAAUAUGCGAUUGGUUCUUCUCUUAUCUAUCUUCUCCUUGAUGUUGGUUAACUUUGGAAAGUGUCAAUCUGAUGUUGAUCCAAAUGAAUUAGAAGAUACCGAGGAAAACUCUGAAUUUGAUGACACUGACGAUGGUGCUAUUGAAAGUCGAAACAAGCGAGAAAUCGGAUCCGACUUAGAAGGCGCUGAAUCUGGUUACGGAGGUAAAGGCGGAGCUGCUGUCAUUGCACACAAAGGUGGCAAAAAAGGUGCUGCUGCCGCUGGUUUCAAGGCAGGCAAAGCUGGUAAAGCUGGCUUCAAAGCAGGAGCCAAAGGUGCCAAAGGUGGUGCUGCUUAUGGUGCCGCUGGAGCUGCAGGAGGUAAAAAGGGCGCUGCUGUGAAAAAGGGAUUCGCUGCUGGAGCAUUCGGCAAGAAGUUCGGUAAGAAGGGAGGUUUCGUCAAGGCCGGUGGAGCUGGUUACAACAAGAAAAUCGGAGUCGUCAAAAAGUUCGGAGUCAGCCAAGGAUUCAAAUUCGGUAAGGCUGCUGGUUUCGGUGCUGCUGGUGGUGCUAUCGGAGCUAAGGGUGUUAAGGCAGGUAUGGCUGGUGCUGCUGGUGCCGCUGGUUUCAAGAAGGGUGCCAAGGGUGGAAAGAAAGGCUUCGCCGCUGGCGCAGGAUUCAAGACCGCUGGAAAAGCAGGAGCUGCUGGCUCAGCUGGCUUCAAGAAAGCAGCAGGAGCUGCAGGAGGAGCAGGAGUCAAAAAGGCCGUCGGAGGUGGAAAAGGACUCUGGGGUUAAACGACAAAAUGCUCUGCAAUAAAUGAUGACUGUACUCAGGUAUUCAAACUCAUUUGAUGCAUUCAUACAACUUUAAUUAGAUAUGAUUUAGUAAUUUAGACAUUUUUAAAUAUUGACUCAACCUGUGAUUCUACUUCAACCUUCAAUUCUGUAAAAACGACCAACAAACUCCUAAAGACUUUUUUGCUCAAGAAACGUUGCAAAUUUUUUGUAAUACUCAGUUUUCCGAUUCAAUGAUUAACUGUUAAUUGUUCAAUGCAAUUUUUAUAUUUUCAUCUUCUGUUAUCAACUGGUUAACAUUCCUCCGCAAACCCACUGUAAAAAAACCAUAUUUCUAUCAUGUAAACAUAUCCAAUCUAUAUUUUUUUGUUAUUAAUUAUAGACACCCUUGAAAUGUAAUUAUUUUCCCCCAAUAGUUCUAUCGUCCGUUCAAAUUAACUCUUUACAAAAUAAAUUGUUGUCAUUUCUAUAA